GAACAUUCCACACGGUAAGGGAUAUAACAGUUCUAGGUUGCUGGCGUCGAGGUGAUAUACUAGUUUAGAGGUAUAUCGUAUGCAGUGCAACUGCUUCGAGGCAGUCAGUCAGCAUCCUCUAAGCGAGGAAUGCUAUUCUAUCUUAACGCCACGAUACUGAUGUAUACCGCUUCUUUCGCUUAUUAGUAUUUAUCCCAGCCCUUUCUCCCUCUAGUUGAGCAUAGAUAUCAAAGCCGAGCACAAGGAUUCCCUACUUAUCUCAUCAACAAAUCCAUACAAUGUCGUCAACUACUCACCAGGCACUGCACAGCGCGCAAAGCGCACUGGAUUCGAGCGAACCAUUGCCUGUUAAGCCUGAGGAGAUUACCGCGGAAUGGUGCACUAAGAUCAUAGGGCACAAGGUUAAAUCUGUCGCAAUUGUGAAGGAAAUCCACGGGACAUCAAGCAAAAUCCUCAUCGACCUAAUCUACGAAGAUGAUGUAAACACCGCCGAUGUACCGACUCAGGCCUGUGUCAAAGGAGGUUUCAACGCCCCUAUGAUAGCUCUUCACCCUGGCCUCCUCUGGACAUAUCGCCGAGAGGCUCAGUUUUAUUACCAUCUUUGCCCUAUCCUCACCAUGAAGCUUCCGAAAAUCUGGUACUGUGGCACCGACAAAUUCAGUGGACAAGGCCUUGUCGUUAUGUCUAACCUGGCUACUGAGGGCUGCGAGUUUGGCGAGCCAUUGAAGCCAUGGCCGGUUGAGAGAGUCCGCGCUGGGGUCGAGCAACUCGCAGCACUACACUCAGAGACAUGGGGUGCUUCCGAGGAGCAAUUCCCCUGGCUUUCCGAGGACAAGGCUAUGGGUGGUAAUCCACUUCAGGGGAUGAUUCUGUCUUUGAUUACACCAGAAGCAUGGGAUGUACGAUUCAAAGCUCUUGCGCCACCUCCCUUGCCGAAGGCUGUGGCGAAUCGGGAGCGAUUGGAGAGAGCCUUCAAGACCAUGUGGGCAGCAGAAAACCCGAAGCUAAGAUGCAUUGUCCACGGCGACUCACACAUUGGAAAUACUUUCAUCGGGCCUGACGGCCAGCCUGGAUUUAUUGACUGGCAGGCUCCUUACGCGGGUAUCGGCUUAGAUGAUGUGUCAUACUUCCUUAUUGGUGCUAUGACUAUCGAAGAGCGUAGAAAGCAUGAGACCGACCUAAUCAGACACUAUCUUAAAGCACUUCACGAAGGAGGUGGCCCCAAGUUCGAUUUGGAAGACAUAUGGGAUGACUACAGGAAGCACGUGUUGCAUGGAUUGGCAUGGUCGCUCACGGGCCAGGGAAUGCAGCCUGACGAAAAUGUUUUCAUUAUGACGGAACGCUAUUCGGCAGCACUGGAAGAUCACAAAACAUUAGAGUUGUUGGAAUCGCUCCCUGAAUAUGUAAAAGAGUAGUCUAGAUUCCCUCACUUACUUUCUACUGGCAAGUAUUUUGAAUUUACUAGGGGCGCCAUAGGUAGCUUAAUAGGUACCUAAUCUAAUGUUGAC